CAUGCAGACAGUUACCACCGAAGUCUCACCCCCCAUCACAUCAGUUUAAUUCCAAAUUAUAUCACUUCUCGAUCGUAUUUUGUUUAUCUAUAUGAAAAUCAAUUUAAUUUACUAGAAAACUGCAUAAUGCCUAUAUAUGUAGAAUUUUUGUUUUUCAAAUCAGAGACUAAAGCAAACUUUGUAAAGAAUAUCUUUUAAACGUUAUAAAGUACAUUUGAUUCGAUGAUAAAUAUAUAACACGAUUGUAUGGAGGAUAAGUGAUAUAACAACCAUAAGUUACAGAGCUCCUCUAAUCAAUUAAAGCAAGAGUAACAACCAUUUGAAAAAUAUAUAUUUCAUAUUUUCAUUUUCUAUACAAUCCAACCAGUUUUGAACACGAUUGUAUGGAGGAUAAAUGAUAUAUCGAUGCACGUGUACACAUUUGACAAAAUGUAUUUCCCCAUGGUUUGAACACGUUAUCUCUAACGUCUACAAAUCAAUUUGAUAAAAUCACAAGGCAAACAUUAGUAUAUACUUAAUCAAAUUGUUUUUGUCAACAUUAUAAUAAUGUAAAUAGUUUACUAUUGAUACAGUUCUUAUAUACAUAAUAUAUAUAGAUACAUGCAUUAGACCACCAAGAAGACAGAAACAGAUCUCAUCAUGAAGAUCAGACUUAGCAUAGCCAUCAUAUUGUUAUCAUACACGGCGGCUAUGGUGGCCGGACAACAAUGCGGCCGCCAAGCCGGUGGUCAGACUUGCGCCGGCAACAUCUGCUGCAGCCAGUACGGCUACUGCGGCACCACGGCUGACUACUGUUCACCGGACAACAACUGUCAAAGCAAUUGUUGGGGAAGUGGGCCGCCAAGCGGCUCUGGAGAGAGCGCGACGGGCGUACGCGCCACCUACCAUUACUACAACCCGGCGCAGAACAACUGGGAUUUGAGAGCCGUGAGUGCAUAUUGCUCCACAUGGGAUGCUGAUAAACCAUACUCGUGGCGGAGCAAGUAUGGCUGGACCGCCUUCUGUGGACCGGCUGGUCCUCGUGGUCAAGCUUCUUGCGGCAAGUGCUUAAGGGUGAGGAACACAAGGACUAAUGCAGCUGUAACGGUGAGAAUUGUGGACCAAUGCAGCAAUGGAGGAUUGGAUUUGGACGUUGCAAUGUUCAAUCAAAUAGAUACCGAUGGUGAUGGCUAUCGAAAAGGUCAUCUCAUUGUUGACUACCAAUUUGUUGACUGUGGCAAUGAACUCAUUGAUCAGCCUGCUGAUUUCAAAAACAUCCUUGUUUCCGCCACUGAUCGCGUUUGAUAUUAUGUAAUGGUUUUCGAGGUCAAGAUCUGUCAACGCAUUAUAUAAUAAAAGAUCUCUAUCUCGAGUGAUAUGUUUGUGUUGUUCUUGAAAGUUUUUAAAAUUAUCAAUAAAGAGAUGUUCUUGAA